AUGCGCCUCAUCGACGUCAACACUCUCGAGCUCAAGGAGUUCUUCGGCGAAUCCACACCAAGCUAUGCCAUCCUCUCCCACACAUGGGACGGCAACAAGGAAGUCACAUUCCAAGAAUGGGAGCGCCGCACCACCGAUAAAGCUAUCCAGCGCAAAGAGGGCUACGCCAAGAUCAUCGGGGCUUGUCGUCGCGCCCGAGCCGAUGGUUUACAGUACCUUUGGUGUGAUACCAACUGCAUUGAUAAGCGUAGCGAGGCUGAGCUGAGUGAGGCUAUCAAUAGCAUGUUCGCUUGGUACCGAGAUUCGCAUGUAUGCUACGCGUAUCUUGCAGAUGUCGAGGCGAAGACGGGGACGUUUGCGAAGAGCCGUUGGUUCACGAGGGGGUGGACGUUGCAGGAGUUGCUUGCGCCGAAGACGGUUAUGUUCUAUGACUACAGGUGGACGGUGCUUGGGGAUCGCGCCGGGUUGGCGGAAAUGAUCUCGGGCAACACUAGGAUUCACCUUGGGGUUUUGAAUAACCGUUCCACAAUUUAUGAUUAUUCAAUCGCGCAACAGAUGUCAUGGGCCGCGGAUCGCCGGACGACACGCUCGGAGGAUAUUGCGUACUGUCUACUCGGUAUCUUCGAUAUUAAUAUGCCUCUACUAUAUGGUGAAGGCCAGAAAGCGUUCACCAGAUUGCAGCGAGAAAUUAUCGAGGUUUCUAAUGACCAAAGCAUCCUCGCAUGGGAUUUACCAUGCUCAGACCCCCAUCCUUGGACGAGUGCAUUCGCACCAUCUCCUGCUGAAUUCCGUUUCUGUGGCUCAAUCGUCAAGGACCACAAAUACGAUCACAAUCCCUACUCCGUCACAAACUUAGGGUUAUCGAUGAACCUUGCUCUAGUCCAAACACUCGUUAGGAGGCUGGUCUUAGUGGGGUUGAAUUGCACAAAACAACUAUACCGCGAAGCUCCCCAUCCCAAACCACCAGGUAAAAUCAAACUUCAUAGACCCUUCCGAAUUUGGAUACCCCUCUAUCUUCUUAAUCAUCAUACUUAUGCUCGGGCUCAUUAUCCGUCCUCGAAAGUGUUCUUUGGAAGGUCGUAUAUAACUUUGGAACGGCCGAUACCCACUGGAUUAUUUCUAACUAUGGAUUCAACCCAAGCCCGCAACGCCCAACCUCUCCAACCCUCUACCCAGAUUAUGCGAGAUCGUUCAUCGGAUUCGCCAUCUGGGUUGCACAUCGCUAUUGCGGCAGGAAAUACGGCGCCCAAUAGACACGCUUUAACGGAAGUAUAUCCUUUAGGCGACAUUUUCAUUGUUCAAUUGAAGCGUCGGGGGCCUGGCACAGCCUCGCACCAGCUCAUAUCGUGCGGCAAUCUUUCCAUAAUUAUUUCGGUAUUGUGGGACAAGAAUGAGUCACCGCGAACAUGGUUGCAUACAAUAAUCUUAAAUCCACAACUAAAAGUGACUUGCCAGAUGGCUUCUAGUGUUGAGUGGAAUUGCUUUUUUGAGGAGCAUGGUCAUUCGCAACAGUCCCAAUGUUGCAAUAACGUUGCAAAUCUGCAUUCACUUCACGAAAAAUUGGAACGAGCUCAUGGGGCAUCCCUUAACCCAUGCUAUAAGUACAAAGACAGCCUAGCUCUCUUAUUUGAGAGCCAUCCUUUGAAGGAUUUAUUUGGACGACAGGAACUUGUAGUUGAUAUUAUCCUCAAAGGUAAACCAGAGUCUACAUAA